UCGACAUCAUUGAGUGGUAGAGGGUUAUAUUGUUGCAUUCCCAGUGAGUAGCCCAACUCGUGUGAUUCGCGCAAGUAAGUUUGCAUGCAUGCGCACCGGUACAUUGGUUCCGGGUCGCAAUCCCGGCAUCCGACAUGCGCUCCAGUCCCGUGUCUCCGUUGGACCUGCAUCGUGGUCGCCUAGGCCCCGGCGGGAAAAGGUGCCUUGCGAGUUUACCUAGGCGACCCGGAGACAAGAGAGUAAGGUACACGAGCAGUCGACCAUCGCCAAAAGAAUGUUGACGAGCAAGGUGGCCGCCAUGGUCGACAUCGCCCUCGGCAGCCUGAUCUGUGUCGCGCAGGCCGACAACCCCAUCAUCCAGACCAUCUACGCGGCGGACCCGGCGCCGUACGUGUGGACUGACACGGUGUGGCUGUUUGCGGACCACGACAAGCCGGGGUCGACGACGUACACGAUGCGGGACUGGCGGCUGUUUUCGUCGAAUGCAGCGCAGCGGCAAGUUCUACUUCUAUGCGUCCAUGACGCGCACCGGCGUGUCGUAUGGCAUCGGCGUCGGGGUACAGCGAUUCUAUUCCCGGGCGUACCGGGACGCGCUGGUCAAGCCGCUGGUCACCAACGGCAACAUCGACCCGACGAUGUAGAUCGACGGCGACCACGACACCGGCCAGGCGUACCUGUACUGGGGCAACCCGGGGUUCUACUACGUCAAGCUCAACAAGGAACAGGUGUCGUACAGCGGCGGCAUCGUGUCGGUGCCGAACACCCAGCAAGCCUUCGGCCCAAGUUCGCAGAAGGGCCGUGGAUGUACCAGCGCACUUGCAACGGCACGUACUACAACGUGUUCGCAGCGAACUGCUGCCCCGAAGACAUCCGCUCCCCGACGGCGCCCGGGCCGACGGGGCCGUGGACGUACCGCGGCCAGUCAUGGCCACGCAACAGUGACGUCCGAUGGCUGUGAUCCGAUGGCUGUGACUCUCUGUGCCGUGCGCAUCGCGAUUCAUGCCGGGUGUGCAAGCAUGCCGGGUGUGCAAGGAAGCGGUUGUUAUUUCUUCAUGGCUAGGACGGGAAGUCCCUGUCCCCAGCCCUAGCCUGACUCGUUCUCCGCCACCGACUACGCCAACUGGAUUGGUAAGCCUCGAUCAUGACGACAAGACUACCACACAUCGAACGAUUCCACGGAACAACGAGAACCUACCGUGUACCAGUGUGCCAGGAAACAUCUAGAAUCCAACCACUGCUGUCCUUGGCGCAUCCAACUGUCUGUUUGUUCUGCCGUUGACAGCGGACUU